AUGAUGAUCGAACCACGGAAAAAACACGACGAAGAGGCGGUUCGUUUUGUGAACCCUUAUUUCCAGCUGAACGUUGGAUUGUGGUCUCUGUUUGCCGGUGCAACCAUCUUUCUCGCGCUGCGACUCUGGUGUAAGACCACGAGGCGACAUGGCCUGUGGUACGAUGACUAUAUUCUUUUGGUAUCCUGGUCGGUCUUGCUCGCAAACAACAGCCUCAUCAUCUACGAAUUCGCGACCGGCUACGUGCUCGAAGACUCGUCCAAGGCGUGGGACGACCGCAUGCACAUCCUCAUCAACAUAUCAUCCUGCGGCACGUUGAUAGGUCAGGCAUGGACGAAGACGGCCUUUGGAGUGACGCUUAUCCGGAUGAGCAAUAAAUGGCAGCGAUGGGUCUUGUACUUCUGCAUCGCCACGAUGAACAUCUACAUGAUCGCCAAGGUCUUCAUCCAGUGGGGCAAGGUCUGCGGCAGCAAAUCUUACGACAACGACUAUCGGCUCCAGUUCUGCCUCGACAAGAAAACCCGUAACAGCGUCAAGGAGGGCGGAAACGUUUACAACAUCAUCAUGGAUUUCGUUUUCGCGUCUUUCCCAUGGCUGAUUACUCGCUCACUGGAGAUGAAGCGCGCAGAGAAAAUCGGCCUCUGCAUCACAAUGAGUUUGGGAAUGGUCGUUGCUAUUGUCUCGGCUAUCAGAGUCAGCUGGAAAGAUAACGGUAAUGACCGCGACCCUUGGUACAUCUAUCGCAACGGCAUGUCCCAGGUUUGGUAUUCGUCCGAGAUUACUGGCACCAUCAUCGUGCAGUGCAUACCUAUCCUUCGUCCGAUCAUCCGCGAAAUCCACACGUCCUUGACGUCCAAGAGACUCGGCUCCUCCACGGCGGACGGCCGCAGCACGACGUUCGGAAGCAAGACCAGCAGCAGAAAGAGGGUUUCGGGCGGCGUCCAGGCCAACGACAAGCACGCGGGCGAGAGAAUCGCGCUGCAGGAGAUCCCCGAGGAGUACAGCGACGACAAGACCGGCUGGGGCUCCAGCCCUCGCACGCCCUCCUCGGCGACGCCGUUCCAGACCGAUUUCAGGCCGCGGCCGCCCACGGCGCCGCUCCCCGGUCGGGGACCAUCAUCGGGGGGCAGCGAUACAGGACCAUCAACGUUAUCGCCAUACGAGGCGGAACUGACACCGCGGCCGCCCACGUCGCCGCCGCCUAGUUGGGGGUCAUCGAGGGGUGGCAAUGCGGGGUUACCGACAUUAUCGCCAUACGAGACUGAGUUCAAGCCGCGGCGGCCUACGUCGCCGCUCCCUAACAAGCGGCCAUUAUUGAGCAGCGAUGGACGGCCGACAUCGUCCCCGCACGACACGGAAAUCGGGCCUCGCACGCCUACAUCGCCGCGCCGGCCUACGUCGCCGCCCCCCAAAACGUGGCCGUUGUCGGGUAGGGAGGGCCCUGACCUGACGGUCGGCUCCUACAGCCUUGGCAAGAGCCUGGAGUCCGAGUUCGACCGGUCAAAAGCUUUCUUAGACGUUGAACUAGGAGACGUUCAACAAGGAUUAUCGCCGCCACCGCCUCGCAGGACAUCCCCUAGCCACAGCUAA